AUGACCACCUUCGACGGAGAGAAAAUAUACUACACCAAUCAGAAAUUCACAACAGACGAAGAAUUCAAUCAUGAAUCAACGAUUACCGACGCAGGAAAAAGAAUUUUAAAAUUUCUGAAGGAAUUUCAUUUCCAAGACAAAUUCAUCUAUAGAGAUCAACUCAAAGAGAAUGUGGCCAACAAUGAAUACAUUUUGAGAGUUGAAAUUAACGAUAUUGAAAACUCUGAUAAGGAAUUAUACUCAUUUAUUUUGGAUCGUCCACAAGACAUUCAAGAGACUUUUGAAGAUAAAAUAAAAGAACUAUAUUCUUAAGAAAAGAUGAUAAACAAGAGCGAUUGUCCAGAUUUUCAAUUGCAAUUAAUUUCAUAAUAAAAUCCAGAUCUGCUUCGUAAUUUAACAGCCUAAUAAAUUGGAAAGUUGGUUACAAUCAAAUGCAUUAUCUCAGCAUCCAAAUCAAUAAAAGUGAAGGCAAAGAAAUUAUUAAUAAGAUGCAGAGAAUGCCAAGAUGAAUAAAAUAUCAAUCUUGGAUAUGGACCAAAACCAGUCAAUUUACCAAGAUAUUGCUUAGGAAAGGCAUAAUAAAAGGGAGCCUAAACAGAUGCAUAAUGUCCAACAGAUCCAUACGUGAUAAUUCCAGAAGAAUGCUAAUUUAUUGAUUAAUAAACUCUCAGAAUCCAAGAGCUUUCUGAAGCAAUACCGACAGGAGAAGUUCCAAGGAAUUUCAUGGUCUAUUGUGAUCGAUAUCUAGUCAACAAACUAAUUCCUGGAUAAAGAGUGAUAAUCACAGGAGUUUAUUAAGUGCCUCCAAAAGGAUCAGCCACUAUUAAAAGUAAUGCAAUAGAUGCUGAAUUACUUCUCCCAUAUAUUCAUGUAUUUGGAGUAUAAACCAAUAAAGUGAAUAUCAAACAAGCAUUAUCUGAGGCUUUAAGACAAGAAUUCAAAUCCUUAAGCAGAAAUAGAGAUGUCUAUAAAAUCAUUACUAAUUCAAUAGCACCAGCUAUUUAUGGGCAUGAAGAUAUUAAAUUGGCAAUUGCCUGUUUGCUCUUUGGAGGAACAUCAAAGAACCUUCCAGAUAGUAUGAAAUUAAGAGGAGACAUCAACGUUCUUUUGAUUGGUGAUCCAAGUACAGCAAAGUCUCAAUUAUUGAAAUUCGUUGAAAGAGCAGCAGAUAUUAGUGUUUACACAAGUGGUAAGGGAAGUAGUGCAGCUGGUCUUACUGCAACAAUAACAUAUCAACACAAUACAUCAUAAUUUACUUUGGAAGCAGGUGCAUUGGUAUUAGCAAGUGGAGGAGUGUGUUGCAUCGAUGAGUUCGAUAAAAUGAGAUCAGAAGAUAGAGUUGCUAUGCAUGAAGCUAUGGAAUAGUAGACUAUUUCUAUUGCUAAGGCUGGUAUUACUACUAGAUUAAAUGCUAAAUGUUCAAUAUUGGCUGCUGCUAAUCCUAUCUUUGGUAGAUAUCAGGAGAACAAGUCGAUCUAAGAAUAAAUUGAAUUGCAAACUACUAUCUUAUCUCGUUUUGACAAUAUCUUCAUUAUUAGAGAUGUGAGAUCCAUUGAAAAUGAUUAGAGAUUAGCCAAUCAUAUCAUUUCUCUUCAUACAGGAUAAUUUGCUGAUUAAGAAGGAAUGUAAAUUGAAUAGGAUAGCAACAAUUCUAUGGAUCUCAUGAAAUUAAAACAAUACAUCAAAUAUGCAAAAUCUAUUGUUAAACCUUUACUUACAGAAUAAGCAGCCUAAAUGAUUCAGAAUCUAUAUGUCGAUGACAGACAAAUAAGUCAACAACCUCAUCAUUCAAAAAGUGGAGGCAAAUCACACAUACCCAUUACUGUAAGAUAAUUGGAAGCCAUUAUUAGAAUCAGCGAAUCGUUGGCUAAAAUGCAAUUGCUUGAACAUGUCAAAGAAGAGCAUGUCAAAGAAGCUCAUAGGUUAUUCCAAAUAUCUACCAUGAUGGCAGUUUCAUUAGGAUCUAAAGAAUUUGGCCUUGACUUAUCCAAUGACUUAAAAUAAUUAGUUGCUAAAAUUGAGGAAUCUAUCCUUAGAAGAAUAAGCAUAGGAUCCAAACUGCCAGCCAACAGAUUGAUUCAAGAACUAUCUGAUAGAUUCAAUAAUUAAAGGGCAGUAGAGUUUGCCAUACAUAAUUUAAUUUAAACCGAAUAACUCUAAUAAGUAGAAAUGAAGAGAAUGCUAAUAAGGAAAAAGUGAUUUCUAUAUUUUUCUGAAAGUUUUAUAUUGCUGUAAUCGAUA